AUGUUCGCUAGCGGCAGGAAGCCUCGACAUCCUCGUCUUGCUCUAUCUGUGUUAGGCGUACUCACAUUCGUUGUCGCUGGAGCAGCGACCGUAGUAGCAAUCCUCAAUGCUUGGACAUUUUCAACCGCGCAUGUUUCGUUCUCCGGACUGGCUGUCGCUGCCGCAGCCCUAGAAGCGUUAUCCCUCGCUGCACUGAUAGUGUUCUUGAUACAGUAUGCAGUGAGGGAAGACGGGGACCGCAGGAGCUUCCCCCAAAGGUGGGGCGGCAUAGCGCUGGCAUGCAUCCUGCUCUCUCUGGCCUGCGCUAUCAUAACGUUGAUCAUGAUUGUUUUGAUCCGAUACAAUCUGGAUAAAAUCGUCAGCACUUCCUCGUCCGACGAAGUGGUCUUCCUUCUUCCUCCAACCUUCGUUCUUUGGGGGUUCUCCGUCUUAAUGCAGGUCACCUUCUACACAGCCUGCUUUCUUCUACGAAACUCAUCGCCAAGUUCUCGCCCUUCGGCAUCCGCUCAAGAGCCAUGUGACUUGGUCGUACAUGAAGUUCGUGAGCCAACACCGCCGGUGUCACUCGAUAUACUACCGCCCCCGCACGCAAGGGAUUCUCCGCUUCCUUCUCCGACAUUCUCGUUGUCCGAUGCUCAAUCCACCAAAUCCUGGCGACUGUCUGUGCACCAGGUUGUACGCCCGGUAACUUCUAGGACGAAACUGUUACCAAGGCGGCAGUCCACCCCACGGGAUUCUGAAAGCAUAUACUCGGUAGCGCGAUCAACCCAAACUGGCUCCGAAUCGGACGGCUUCGACACCUGGGAUACCUCGAGCGUGGACCCGCAGUACAAAGACACCAUCAUACAUUCCGCGCCAUCGAAAGGCACAGCACUCGAGCCAAUUCCCGGGAGCCGCCCUCCAUCCCCGGCGCGAGCGCUAGAAGGGCCGUUUCCAUUCGAGGACACCCCGGAGCUGAAGGAAGAGCGAUCGCCACCGCCAUCACCAUCGCCAUCACGCCCACAAUCACGACCACCGUCUCCCGCUGCACCACCUCCACAACCUUCAUUCUCAAGGCGCCCCUCCACCUCCCACUCAACACAUUAUCCACCCGCCAGCCCCACUCUAAACGAAGCGCACAUCCACCCCCUCUUCAGAAGCGACAGUCCAACGCCCCCACCUGCAGCGACGCCCGGUACCAUCGUCACAGCCGCGCCGUUUGGUGGGCAGACUCUAGCAUCUCCGCCACCGAGGCCGUUUAGUCGACAGCGUUCAGAUAGCCGGCUGGCGACGAGCAGCCCGCUGAUUUUCUCGCAGCAGGCGGAAGAGGAGGAGGAUGAGGGGGUGGUGGGGAGGACGCCGACACCGCCGAGCAGGCAGAUGACGCCACCGAUUCCGGAGAGUAUUUAUGCUGGAUCGCCGAGGGUUAGUCCGGCAAGUCAGAGGAGUUUUGUUACGGCGGGGUCGAGGCUGUGA